AUGACGACGAGUCGUUUUCUCGCCCUCGUUCUGCUCUCAGCUUUCGCUCUCGCUCAGGAUUGUCAGUUUUCCGAUCAUUUAUUCGAUCCAGAAGAGCUUGGCUCUCUUUUUUUUCUCUAGGUUUUAGAAGGUGUUUGCAAAACUUCGUAUUUGAACUUUGUUCUCAAGUUUCAGCUCCCUCGGGCAAACAGUUUUAAGAAAUUCGCAACUCACCGGCCAGUACUGACAAGUUUGCACACAGUCUGCAAAAAGUUGCAGUUUGCCAUCGGAAAUAAUGAGUUCCACUUUCUCGAAGUAGCAUCCAAAUCAACAAUACCAUUUUUAUAGAACCUGGCUGGAAGGGUAUAGCGAAUAAAAACACCAGGGGACGGUUUUUUAAAAAUAUUUUUUGCUAACUCUUUGAUUUGUUGAUUGGCCAAUGGAGCUAGACCUUCUUGAUGACUGAUGAGGAUUAUUUGAAAAAGAAGCAAAAACUUUAAAAAAAUUUCAGAAGGAAUUAUGGACUAUUUAAUUUACGAUUUUUUUGAUUCAGUGCGAUUGUAAAAACCGAUUACGUGAAAAAAAUGGCAAAAAAAUCUCCGAUGGCACAUGGGAGUCGAACCUUCAUCCUACCGCCUUGCGGUUUCGCGUGCCAUGGAUUUUUUAAAUUUCUUUAUUUCAGAGAAAAUUGAGCGUUCAAAAACUGAUUUUUUUUAAUAUAACUUUUUUUAUAACUUCAUCAAGCUCCAGAAAAUUAUUUCUCCACCAAUUUUUACCUUUUUAAAAAUUUUUCUCAAAUAACGGUUCAAAAUUUUCAAGCCUCAUUCGAACUGGUCGACUCCAACAACAACAAUGUCGUUGAUGAAGCUGAACUUUCAGCUUUCCUCAGGAAAUCUGGAAGAAGAGAUGGAAAAGGUUCAUUUCCCAUCCUAGAAUUGAAAAAAAUGAUCCGAUUCCAGAAAUGAUGGCACGAUUUGACCAAGAUCGCGACGGAGUCCUGGACAUUUCCGAAUUCGUUCCAUUGGUCUACGAUUUGGGAAGACAGCCCGUCGAUCUUGCCUACCAGUUCUUCAAGGUAGAGUCUAUUCGACAAACACUUGAAAAAUGUAGACUUCGGCGAGAUUCAGACUGGAAAAGAGUAGGAAAGGGAAGAUUUGCAGGGGAAAUUCCUGGUUUUGGAAGGAGAUUGCUAUUGAAAGACUGGACAGAGAAAAUUUUUUAGCAAAAAAAUUCAGUUAAAUAGUAUGAAUAACUCAGAAAAUGGACAAGAACGACGACGGCGUCGUCGACAAGACUGAGGUCCAACUUUCCAGAACCGAAAGCGAUGGCAGGUAAAAAUGGAUCGAAGGCAAACAAAAUUUUCUACUUGGCUCUUGCUCAAAAGUUUUUCAUUAAAUAAAAAACCCCCAAUUUUCUUCAAAAAUCGUCAAUUGCCUUCUUUCGAUUCAUGAAUCUUCAAAACCAAACUUAUUCAAAAUAUCAAUCAUCAUUUUAAAAAAAGAAGUAGAGUCUUUUUUCGAAGUUUCUUGCUCCAGAAUCAAAGUUUUGUUUUUCGAGUCUCUCUUUCCAGAAUCAUUGACGGUCUCCUCUCAAUGGCCGACAUCAACGAAGACGGCCAAUUGACCUACGAGGAGUUCAAAUCGCAACUCGGUGGUCAGCAACAAAAGCCAAAGGUCUUUCACUACUCCAAAACCCUUUGUGUACUGAAUCUUGGCCAUUCCAGGCCGACCAAGACCGAGAAGCUGCCCUGCGGCUUUUGUCCUUCAUGGACACCAACGGCGACAAUCGCGUCGACGAAAGCGAAUUGCUUUCCUUUGCCAACAAGUCGCCAGUCCGACAGGUUCCCUACUUCUUUUAUGAUUCACCUUGCGCAAAGUUUGCGACAAGCUGUUUGAAUGUUCCAAUGUAAAGUCGUAGGAAAGCUUGUCUGCGGCAGUAAAGGACAAGGAGAACAUGUUUCACCUUGUCGAUUUCAUACUGACGUAGGAUAGUUUGAUCAGCAACAGUUUUCUUUGCUUGGUAGGAAGGCGAUAAAAAGGCGCGGCUGUUUUUCGAUUUCCCACACUGCCAACAAGUUGAGAAUUUUUGAUUUUCAAUGUAGCGAUGUGGAUUUGGAUCAAAUAUGAACCUAUUAUUUGAAACAUAUAGGUAGACUGUGAAUGACGGAAAAUGAAUUAUCUCACUUUUCUGUUCUCGGAAAUCAAUGUCCCUUUUAGAUAAACUUGAAGAUUUGCUUCUCAAGUAUAGAAAUUUGAACCUUUUUUUAAACUUAAUUUCUCUUAAAAAGGAGAUUCUCAACUUGUUCCUCGCUUGAAUUGAGAAAAAAAACUAAUUUUCUAGGCUUCUUCAAAAAAAGCACCAAGGAUUCCGACAUGGACUCAUAUACUUACCUACUUUAUGUUGGAAAUUCUUCUGACUGGGUUGAAAAUUCGAAUUUUUGAUUGAAAAAUCAAGUCAUAGUUGUUGAUUAAAUCUUGAAAAAAAUGAAAGUUUUUAGAACCGCCAAGAAACGAUGAGAGCCUUCAAAGCUCGUGGAUUUGAACGGCGACGGAUCUCUUUCGAUCGAAGAACUGAUGAGACUUCCCUUCGCCUCCGUUGCUUCCACCAUCCCAAAACUUUAAAAUUUCAUUCUUAA